GCUCCCAGUGAGCCCCCAGGCAUACGGGGAUCAAGUGAUUGCCCUUCCAGGCUGCUGCUGCUGAUGAUCUGUCUGGAGUCUCUCCCCUCCCUCUUUGGUUGGAACCAGAAAGGGGCUUGCCAUCCUGCUCGUGGGAUUAGCGGGAUGGGGUACCCUGACAGCCCAGGGUUUUGUGUAGCUUGUCAGGCCAAUAGCAUCCCAAAACUGGUACUGAUUGGUCUGUGCAUUUUCUGCCUGUGGGGGGUGUAGGUGAAGGGCGAAGUGGAGCAGACGGGAGUCUUUAACUACGUGAUGGCUGGGGCCAGGUCUGUGCUACUUAAGCGGGAGUUCUUUAUGGAGGCGGAGAAGCACAGUGUGCUGGGGCGCCCGUCCAUCCCCAUCAUCUGCCCCGUCCGGCUGCUCCAUGGCAUGCAGGACCAGCUCGUACCCUGGGGCAGGGCCGUGCAGGUGGCUGAGCAGCUGGAGAGCCAGGAUGUCCGCAUCACGCUGUUCAAAGAUGGGCAGCAUGCCCUGAAGGGAGCAGAGGAGGUGAAGGUGCUCUUGGGGAUGGUCAGGGACCUUGCAGAGAGCCUGCAGAGAGAGCUAGGCCUUGGAGAGAGACUGGAAGCCGCUAUGGGGACAGAGCCCGCUGAUGGGGCAGCGGUGACCAGACAAGGAGCCCUUUCUGGGCCCCACUGAACCUAGCCCCAUCUAAUCCAUUAGUGAAGAGAUUGCUUAGUGC